GUGUACAAGCUGCAGAGCACAAGCUGUGUAAACCUGUCUAACCUUGACAUCAGCAUAUAGCCUGAGAAAGCUGCACCUGCUCACACUCUGUAGACACAUCCAUUCCUCACGAUGAAGUUGACGGCUCUGCUGUGUUCUGCCCUGCUCCUCACUGUUUUUGCAGCAGAGGAGGAACUUGUCCAUAAAGAUGGAGAUGAAGGAAAACUAGCUCAGCCACGUGAGCCCCAAUGUAGCAGGCUGGAGUCGGAGAGCUGCACUAAAGAGUAUGACCCGGUGUGUGGCUCUGACGGGCACACAUACAGCACAGAGUGUCUGCUGUGCCAACACAACAGAAAACACAAGCAGCAGGUGAAGGUGGCGAGGCAGGGCCCAUGUGUGUGACAGUGCCCAUGCAUGUGACCGGAACC